CCGCCGCCACAGGCCGCUCGCUCGGUCGUGACAACAGCAACAACAACAACAAUAACAACAACGCCAAAACCAGCAGCAAGAAUAACGCCAAGUCGGUGAGCGCUGAACUUGGCACCUCCUCGCGUCUUGGCGGGUUCAGCGGCAAUUCGCCGUCAGACCGCUGGGGCACCGGUGGUGGUGGUGGCGGCGGCGGCGGCGCGGAGGCUGAGGCGACCGACGCGGCCCCACCGCCGUGGAGCAACGACGCCGGCUUCUCCGACCGCCCGUUUCAAGAUGUUGCGCGGCACUUCAAGAUGCUUGAGGGGGAGUUUACCGUCAUUGGCGAACACCUGCGGCAGAUAUCCACGCAUGUGCUACAGCUCAACGACAUCGCGGAGCGGGUGCGGAAUACGGGAUCCAAUCGCGGCCCAUGA